CAUGUCUUUACGGCCCUUCACUCCUCCUCGUGGUGGAACUUCCACCCACGUUCAGCCAUGAGGAUCCUCCAGCUGCUCUUUGAAGUCAUUGUCAUUCUCCUGCUCCAGGAUGUUCCCGCAAGAGGCCUUUCGGACAGCCAGCAGUGCAGAAGCAACCACGGCCACUGCCGGAGACUUUGCUUCCACAUGGAGCGAUGGGAAGGGAGCUGCAGCAACGGCCGCCUGCGCUGCUGUCGAUGAGACUGGCCAUGCUGGGAUGGACCCCAGCACCCCGAGGGGACCAGCCCAGCGAUCCUGCAACCACAGCUGUACGUAGGAUCUGUUCUCCGAAACCUCCGGACCUACACCUGCAGCUCAGUUUGCCCAUUGCCAAUAAAACUGUUGGGUUUGUGUGUC